AGUGAAGUUCAGAUCUCAACUACUCAACUCAAUCUCAAUUUUCGUUGGAAAUCGAAACGAAAGAAAAGAAGUCUACUUCUUUACUAUAUUAUAAGCAAGUUUUUGUAUUAAUUACUUAAGUGUUUCUUACUUUAAGUUGUGAGAUUAAAUUCCAGAUCAAAAAUGUCCGACCAACAACAGUUCUUCCUUAAGUGGAAUGAUUUCCAGUCAAACAUGGUCACAUCGUUUAAACACCUGAGAGAUGAGAAGAGUUUCACAGAUGUUACUUUGGCUUGUGAGGGCCAAACGUGUAAAGCCCAUAAGAUGGUGUUAUCUGCAUGCAGCCCCUACUUCAAAUCUCUGUUAGAGGAAAAUCCAUCAAAACACCCUAUCAUCAUACUGAAAGAUGUCCCCUUCAGUCACUUGCAAGCUAUUCUGGAGUUCAUGUACGCCGGGGAGGUAAAUGUGUCGCAAGAACAGCUUCCUGCGUUCCUCAAGACAGCAGACAGACUCAAGGUCAAGGGGCUGGCCGAGGCACCACAAGCCAUCAAGCGGGAAGGCUAGACCAACAGACUGUUGACUUUCGAUUGAGUUGAUUUUGUCGUACGUUCUGUGACUGAAUUUUACCACCUUUUUAUUGCAAUGGGAGCUAUCACGAAACAACACAACCUUUAUUUAUUGUUGUUAAUAUUGCUGUACAGUUAAUUAGUAAGGCGGGAAGGUUCUGUUGUUUCCCCGGUAGCCAGACAUCGAGUGUGGUGCACUCAUUUUCAUUGACUUAUUGGAUUACUUUGGUAGAUUGCAUUUAAGUUUUUCAUUAUCAGUGAUUGCAUAGUUAACAUUUUUUUUGUAGUUCAUUAAAUUGUAAUUGUAUCAAUCUCAUAAUUUCUUGUUUUUAUAUUUGUUUAUUUACUUUGUGUAAAAAUUUUGUGAACAUCCAUACUUUUACUUCAAGUCUAAACAAGAACUAUUUUUCAUUUAUCCUUAUCCUUAAAAUAAAAAUUUAUUUCAUCCUUUUAACAUCACUUGAGAUAUUUACUUUGUAUAUAGGAAUAUAAAGUUUGAGGGCACGCUCAAACACAUUAAAUUUUAUUGCAGAUAUUUUGUAUUUUUAGUCAUACCAAAGAAAAUCACAAUUCUACUCAUUUCAAGUUUAUGUUAUGUGGCAUUUUUGAACCUUUUUUUGUAAGGCAACAAUCCAAACCUUGGUAACCAGAUUUUUGUUUUACCACUGUUUUCAAUAAACUUUGCACUGUUAGCUAAAUAAAAUUGGUUGUUUUUAUUAAUAUUUUUUACAUAGGCUAAUCUUAAGAUUGUUUAUAUUAAUUGAAAAUCUCGAAUUAUUUCUUUUAGGUUUGAUUAAUGAAUAAAAGUAAAGUAAACUUAGUACUAAAAAGACAUUAUAGUCUCAGUUGCAGUUUUUUGUUAUUCUUUAGUGUUGAAAUUAUGCUAAACAUUCCUAAAUUUUAAUGAGAUGGUUGUAGCAAUACUCAUAUAUAUAUAUAAUCAUGACACCAGUUUUAUUGACAAGCAUUCAGCAUAAGGCCUAAAUCAAGGCAAUGUUGUCAAAACAGACCUUAAUUAAAUCUCAACUGCUCUUUCAAUUGAUCUGAACAUCAGAAUUCUUCAUUUUAGGACAAGUUAUUUUCAACCAGUACGAUAGUGGUGAAUGUUUUGUAAAUGGUGAUCAUUUAAAGCUUAAGUUUUCAGAACAGCUCUUCUAAUUUUAUCUUUUUUAUUUUUGGUGGAUAACUCGUCUAGUUUUUCAUGGUAAUGAGAAAAUAUAUGUUAGAGUGACAAUUUAAUAAUAAAAUACUGUAUAGAAAAUAAUAA